CCUCUCCCUUCUUCCAUCUCUCUCAGUCUCCAUUUCGUCUUCUGCCAUUAAAGGUCUCGUAAAGCUCAAAGUGAUCACUCUGAUGGUGAUCGAAGAGUCUUCGAAAUCCUCUAGACUGUAAUUAUAUCCUCUUCUGUUCUUGAUUUCUUGAAGCGUCUAAUGGAAUUUCGAUUUCCCUGUCUCCUUGUGACAAUUUUUCGCUGAAAUAUUUGGGCAGUCCAUUGUUGAUGCUGAUUUGAGAAAGGUGCUUCCAGAGUAUGCAAUACACUGUAAUUUCUGAAAUGGGGAUUGGAAAGGUAGUGUAUGCAGUGAAGAAAUCAUAGAACUUCUUGUGAUUUUUCACAAAGAAGACAACCCCAAGGCUGGAGGAUCUUAGUGAAAAUCAGGGAUCAGAAAUGUUGCCUGAAACGGAAACUGAGUUACCCAAGACUGAGGAAUUGAUGCACGAACCAUCCAUGGAAAAGGAAUCUGAUCAUGAAGAACAGUCUGAUCCAGAAAAAGAUGGCCCUGAUGAGCAUUCGUGCUCGGUGGACAUUUUUUACAAUGAUCAACUCGACUUCCUAGAAGUGCAAAGGAUAAAUAAUAUAAUGAGAGCCGCUUACAAGGAAUUCAUGGAAAUAGCUAUAAAAGCAAAGCCUUGGAUUUUCGAUCCUCCACCACUAGGUUCAGUAGAGGAUUUACAAGAGAUGUUCCACACUCCACCACCUCAUGGAUCUACGGUUGAAUGUUCCGUCCAGAGUGCAAUCCUUCCUAUUUCUUCACGUUUGCUGAUCUCACUAAUGAUGGAUGGGGAGCGAUGGGCUUCGAUGUUUUCCAACAUAAUUUGUUCUGGAUCAGAUGAUAACAAUGAUGUUCUCACUCCUUUGAAAAAAUUCUGGUCAACGGGUUAUUCUUCUUGGGAAGUUAUAUUGCUCAAUGCCCAGUUUAGACUGCCAGCUGAAUUCCUGCCGAGAUGGAGCACUCGCUUCUUGAGAUUUAAGACAACGGUCAUGGACGUGGAAGAUACAUACGCAAUUUUCGAUGUGUCAACUGAUUAUUUCGAGAAUACGACAGCUGAUUCUACACAGAAAAUUGAAUACAAGCGGAGGCCUUCAGGAGUGAUAAUUCGGCCGUGUGGUCUUCUGUCUGAGGUUAUAUGGAUUGAAAAUGCAGAAGUGCAGAAGAUUGAUAUCCCUAAAAAUAUGUCCUCAACAUUCACUCCAAACUUUCAUUUAACUGCAAGACAAUGGAUCAGCAUCAUAUCACAAAAUUUGAAACGUAGACAUAGCAAGAUAUUGACUACAGAGAUGUUCGAUGAAUGCAUUGAUAUACCUGACUUGUUGACAAUUGGGGACAAGCUGAGGAAAUUCUUUCUAGAAACAGUUAAUCCUUUUCCAACAGAAAGAACAUGCGAUUUGUUUUCUGAUGAUAAAAUAAGGAUUUUGAGAGACGUGAAAGCAAGUUCCAUUGGCUAUCGCAAUGAUUUUAUUGCCACAAGUACCGUACGUAUUGCUGAAACCCCCACCAGACUGUUAACAUUUCUAGACAUAGAUAAUGCGACAUUUCAGUGGACAAGCAUAAAAUCACAAGCACAGCUCAAGCUGGCAGCUGCGUUUUUGACAACAGAUGAAAGUUCUUGUACUUCUUUAAGUGUGAAAAUAGAAACAGGAGAUGAUGAGGAUUUUAUGGGCCAUAAAUUUUUCCUACAAGAGUCUACAGAGAAUGAAUAUUGCUCCUUCGUCCUAUCAUCACAAAUGACAGAAGCGGAUGUUCACAUCGCUCUCCUACCGAGGUUUUGUAGGAAUAGUUUGUUUUUGCGACCUUCUGGUUUUGCUGUAAUGCCUGCUGGACCGGGAGGACUACAGUCCGAGGCAUCAUUCGUGACCAUAUACUUACGUCGGGAGCUCAAAAAUAUGGAAGUUGAUCGAGUAAUUGAAGCAAUGAGUUGGCACAUGAAUGCUGUCAUUGAUCGGAUAUCUAAUACUCGAUUGCCAUACAUUAUAGACGAGGACAUUGAACAGAAUACCCCUAACCAGUGA